UUGCAAAGGACUGAGUCGCGUUGGUUCGUGUCGUUUUAACUGUGUGGUUUUUACAGCCGAGUUUUAAAAGAUUGCUGCUUGAGAUAACUUUUAAUAUGGGGCGGUGUUAACGUCGAGAGAGAGAGAGAAAGAGAGAGAGAGAGAGAGAGAGAGAGAGAGAGGGAGGGAAAGAAAGAGAGACGUAAUUUUUUACAGUGCGAAAAACGAGGGGAAGCGAGCACGAGAAACACAAAUAUAAUUUUAUAAUAACGUCUAAGUUCGUUUGUUAUUUUUUUUAUUUUAAAAGUGUUAAUUUAUUAAUUUAUUUAUUUUAAUUUCCCUGCGCCUUCACCAGACCGAUAAUACAACUCCAGGAAGUAAGGGGAUAUACUAAGAUAUAUUUUGUUAGGACUAAUUUAGACGUUAAUUACAUUUUUUUUUAUUUUUUAAAAGGAGGAGUCGUUCAACGGUAACUAAGAUUUUCUCCGCUCCCUGGUUUGUAGAUUUGAGGUUCGAAGGGAUUUGAGAUGGAGGCUGUUGGCAAAUUUGAUUUCAACGCCACAGCGGAAGAUGAGUUGAGUUUCAGAAAAGGAGACAUCUUAAAGAUUUUGGGGAAUCAAGACGAUUGGUUUAAGGCUGAGCUGCACGGACACGAAGGGUUUGUCCCCCGAAAUUACAUCGAGAGACGCACCCCUGGCUGGUUUCACGAGAGCAUCACCAGACAGGCGGCUGAGGAGAUCCUGAAGGCCAGAGACGUGGGAGCCUUCGUGAUUCGAGGCAGUCAGAGUUCACCUGGAGACUUCUCCAUUUCAGUCAGACAUGAAGUGGAUGUGCAGCACUUCAAGGUCAUGAAGGACGGCAAAGGCAGCUACUUCCUGUGGGCCGAGAAGUUCCCUUCUUUAAACCAGCUGGUGGAGUUCUACAAGACGACGUCAAUCUCCAAGCAGAAGCAGAUAUACUUACAGGACGGGACCAGGGAGGAGGGGAAGCGAGGGAGUUUGGAGGAGAGGUUUGGAGGCGCUCUGAAUCCACCCACACAGAGACGGCAGUCCGAGAUCCCCAUCACACAGCAGAUGAAGAGAGGCAGCCUGGAGGAGAGAGCCCAGAGUAUGGGGGGCUUUGGGAAUUCCAGUGGCUUGCCCCCCCCACCCAGACGACAGUCUGACCCCCCCCAGAGCUCUGGAGGGGUGCGUGUCAGGGGUCUCUACGACUUCAUAGCGGAGGAGAGCGACGAGCUGGGGUUCCGCGCUGGCGAUGUCAUCGAGGUGCUGGACCAAUCGGACUCCGCCUGGUGGCGAGGUCGCCUGAGAGGCCAGACGGGGCUCUUCCCCUCCAAUUACAUCACUCCAUUGUGACAUCACCAGGGCCGGCCAGCCAAUGACAGGGAACUGAGAAUUACGCAUCAUUGUGUUUGAAAGCAGUAGAAGCGAUUUUCAUUAGUUUUCAACGGACUUCCAUUCUUUAGAAGUGCGAAAAGAAACUUCAUGGAUUCAACGGCAAACGUUUCCACUAGAAGUCUCUCUCAGCGUCUUCAGUGUAAAUUCAAUGGCAAACGUUUCCACUAGAAGUCUCUCUCAGCGUCUUCAGUGUAAAUUCAAUGGCAAACGUUUCCACUAGAAGUCUCUCUCAGCGUCUUCAGUGUAAAUUCAAUGGCAAACGUUUCCACUAGAAGUCUCUCUCAGCGUCUUCAGUGUAAAUUCAAUGGCAAACGUUUCCACUAGAAGUCUCUCUCAGCGUCUUCAGUGUAAAUUCAAUGGCAAACGUUUCCACUAGAAGUCUCUCUCAGCGUCUUCAGUGUAAAUUCAAUGGCAAACGUUUCCACUAGAAGUCUCUCUCAGCGUCUUCAGUGUAAAUUCAAUGGCAAACGUUUCCACUAGAAGUCUCUCUCAGCGUCUUCAGUGUAAAUUCAAUGGCAAACGUUUCCACUAGAAGUCUCUCUCAGCGUCUUCACUGUAGAUUCAAUGGUUUCUUCUGGUUUGUGGUUUGAAUUGAUGAAGUUUCUUUUUGUGAAGGCAGUCCUGUGAAAUUUUUGCAGCUCAUAAUAACGCUGACAGUGCUGUGGCGUUAAAGGUAGGGCCGCACUUCCCAGCUCACCUGGAUGCUGAAAUUGACCCCGCCCCCUUCAGCUACCAUUAACCAAUCAGCUGCUGCUUCCCCAAUUGACUGACACGCUUUCAGCCAGUAACGUGACCCCUCCCCCUCCCGAGAUAACACCACUGACCUCGGAAGUGUAAGUGACACAGACUUCCUGGAAGUGAAGGUACGCAAACUCGGAACUUCCUUUAACCCCCCCUGACCCCCGGUGUCAAUUUUAAAACGACAGGAUUUUUGCUGUAACUGUGUGCUUCUUUAGAAACUCCACGCGUUUCAGAACUCUGCAGGACAAGGUGAAAUUUUAAUGGGAUCGAUUUUGUUCGCUGCCGUAACUUUUUCAACCCGUCGCGGUCCAUUUAUUCAGCGCCUGUCCGGGCGCGUCGGGUCCAGUUUAUUUUCACACACGCAGUUUAUUUUACACAAAAGUAAUUUUAUUCCCAGUAAAACAGGUUUAACCCUUUGCGGUCCAUUUAUUAAUCGCGCGUCAGGCACGCCAGGUCUAAUUUAUUUUCACACGCGCAGUUAAUUUUAGACGCGCUGUUUAAAAGUAUUUUUUUUCACAGUCAAACGGGUUUAAAAGGCCCUGCAUAUCAACAAAGCACUCACUAGGCAUCUCCAGCCCCGCCCCACCCUUUCGUUUGCUAUAGCGUUCACCUAUGUAAGAAAUAAAUAAUUAUAAUAAUAAUAAUAAUAGUCGUACAUACCGAUCGAUCAUCUCCGGAUCACUCGUUUUAUCACCAAACUCCUCAAUAAUGCGAUCCAAGUCAUUAUUUUAUUACUAUAACAUCUGAAAAAAGCUCUGCAAAUGUCCGUGAUAGUCUCAGUGCGCUGACGCACUCAGCCAGCUUGUUUAUUAUGGACGCCCAUUAUCUGAUACCUGAUACCAUGUAUGACUAUUCAUGAAAUACGCCUUUUUUUUUUUUUUUUU